AAGCGUAGCGUCGUCGCCUGAGGGUGGAUUUACUGGUGAUCAGCUCUGUGUGGCUAAUAUUGACCCGAGCGAGUACUUCAAUUCCUCGGCGAAAGACGAUAAGCCCGAGCAUGCCGCCAAGGAUAAUGGCGGCUUCGGCGAUAUCAUCGGAAGCAGUUAUUUCUCGGAGGAGGAGAUGAAGAACGGCGGUUCAGGUGCAGUUAUCGCUGCGGAGAAUUUGAGCCGGAGCCGUGAAGGACCUCAAUUAGACGAAGAUUCUUGCUCGACUUCGGAUGGUGGUGAUGACAUUGUAAGCACAAAAAAAACUUUAAAUCACAAGAGAAAGAGAACGACGAGGUCGCUUGAGGUUUUUGUGGAAAAUUUGGUAAUGAAGGUAAUGGAUAAACAGGAGCAGAUGCAUAAACAGUUGAUAGAUAUGAUAGAAAAGAAGGAGAAAGAGAGAACAGUCAGAGAAGAAGCCUGGAAGCAGAGGGAGAUCGAAAGAAUCAGAAGGGAUGAGGAGUUAAGAGCCCAAGAAACAACUCGCAGUUUAGCGGUUAUUUCCCUGAUCCAAAAUUUGCUGGGCCAUGAAAUUCAAAUCUCCGCACCAGUUGAAAACCAAUGUACAGAAGAUGAUGGAGGUGAAAGCAGCAUUCAGAAGGAACUAAAAGGUGAUUCAAGUAGUAGGAGAUGGCCUCAGGCUGAAGUACAAUCCUUGAUAUCUCUACGAACGUCACUGGAACAUAAAUUUCGUGCUACAGGCUYGAAAGGAUCUAUUUGGGAGGAGAUAUCAGUUGAGAUGAAUAAGAUCGGUUUCAACCGCUCAGCAAAGAAGUGCAAAGAAAAAUGGGAAAAUAUGAACAAAUAUUUCAAGAGGACAGUUGGAACUGGGAAGGCUAAUUUUGCAAAUGGUAAGACAUGUCCAUACUUUCAAGAAUUAGAUGUUCUUUACAGAAAUGGUGUGGURAAUACUGCAGCUGUCUUUGAUAAUACAAAUUCUGAAAAUAAGCCCAAGGCUGAAAAAAGUAUAGAUCUUCUCCAUGAGAAUGAGGCCUUCAUAUAAAAAGGAGACCUUGGACAUGAUACAAUUUUAAAGAGGCACAUGUACACUACAGAUUCCUUCGGUCGGGUUUUUAGCAGCCRAGAUUYCUGAUAAUGCAGUUUCGUAAGUUCACCCUCAGUCCAUUCAUGGAUGCUUGCUCGAUCCCCGUGGAUGUUGAUGUUUCGGACAAUUGUGCUCCUACGAUAACGCUACCAAAUGCCAACUUUUCAGUUGAACAUUAGCAGGAAAUGGAACUCUUGGAUCAAAGUCUCUGACCUAAUGAUGCAUGGUGGUUGAAGACAGACAUAUCAUAUAUUCUUCUCAUGGAUUUGUUUAGAUUUGCUACUUAUGUUCACUGGUUAAUUCAAUCAGUUAGUUUGUAACCAGAACCGAGUUGAUAUUGGUCCUCUGUUUUCUUUGAUUGAUGUCAUUUCAUGACAUCUACCGAUUUGUUGAUGAGGUUUCUACUUGUAGUUGUAAUUUGAAAAGUCA